UUCAAUUUUUUCGUAUUAUCCUCUCAAUCGAGUGAACUCGGAGAAGACCGGUUCCGCCAGAAACCCUGUAAGUGCGAUUCUAAAACCCUAAUCUUAAAAUUUUCCCCCAAUUCUUCAUUCUAUAGCAAUGUUUCGUUCUCUACGCACUAAAUUGAUUCGAAAUAGGAUCAUCAAUGGAGUAGAUUCAAAACCCCUUUGUGUACAAAACCCUUGUUUUAUUCUUCUUCAUCAUGUCAAGGUUAGAUUUGUUUCUUCAUCUUCAUCAUUUGUAGUUUGUUACUUGAUGAAUUCAUGUGGGUUAACUGAAAAACAAGCUCUCUCUGCUUCUAAGAAACUUAAUUUCAAAACCUCAUCGAAACCAGACACUGUUCUUACUUUCUUUCAAGAUUACGGGUUCACUAAACCCGACAUCUCCAAAAUCAUUACCAGGGAGCCAGUCAUCCUUUCACUUGAUGCUCGUAAAACCCUUAAACCCAAACUUGAUUACUUCAAUUCUAAAGAGAUCUCUAGACUUGAGAUCAUCAAGUUAUUAUCUACUAACUCAACCGUUCUAACAAGAAGUUUACAAAAUCAUAUCAUUCCUUUUUUCAAUUUCAUCAAAAACAUCGUUGGUACCGAUAGAUAUACAUGCAUUGUUUUCCGGAGAACGAUGUUUCCUCCUGUGGGUUUCAUUGAGAAAAUGAAGCUCAACUUACAGGUUUUGAGAGAUGAAGGUGUUCCUCAAUCAAAGAUUGUCAAGUUUCUAAUCAGUCACCCGAGAUCACUAUGCACUGGCAAAUUCAAGGACAUUAUACAAGAAAUUAAGGGUAUGGGUUUUGAUCCACACAAAUAUGCAUUUACUAGUGCUAUUCAUGCUUUGUCUGCGAUGAGUAAAUCGACUUGGGAAAUGAAGUUGAAUGUUUUCAGGAAAUGGGGUUGGUCGGAUUCUCAAAUUCAGAAUGCAUUUAUAUUUCAUCCUCAGUGUAUGAAGCACUCUGAGAAGAUGAUAUCGGCGAAAAUGGAUUACCUUGUAAAUCAAAUGGGUAUUAGUUCACCGCUUAUUGCCAGAUGCCCUGUGAUUCUGAAUUAUAGCUUGGAGAAGAGGAUUAUACCUAGGUGUUCAUUUUAUCAAAGUUUAGUCUCCAAGGGUCUCAUUGAGAAGGAUAAAAUUAGAAUAUCUUCACUUUUAUGCAUAACUGAGAAGUCUUUCUUGGACAAGUAUGUGAUCAAGUAUCAGCAAGAAGCUCCUGAACUACUGAAGGUCAAAGAACUCUCAGGUGGAAUUGUUGACUGAUGCAGAUGUGAAUGUUCAAAGUUUUCACAGUGGUUCAAAUACUGUACCUUUCGUCUCCGUGGAUCUAUGGUGGUCGAAGUUUUCAUCGGGAAACAGACUGAAAUUUCUUUUUAAGUGUGUCGGCGAAGGUAGUCAGCGACUGGUGACCUUAAAUUCAAGGCAACCGAAUCUUCUACAAUAGUUGCAUUUUACACCUCCUAACAAUACGAUAAGGUAAUAACUCGGGAAUUCCUUGUGGUUCUAUUGUAUGAAGCUGCGCAAAAUGUCAGAAGUGCCAUGCUACUUUCUUGUAAUCGAAGGGGUGAAAAUGGAUUAUUCUUUUUUUUAACAAAAGCAGUCAACUGUAUCCAGGAAACUCCAUUCUCAAGGAUCUAUAAAAUUAUAAAUAAAGGAGGACACUUAGUCUGAACUGUGUUCCAUUCUCAUUGACAUGCCUUCUUCAAUGGAAACUCUUGUGAAGGCAGUGUUGGAUUUGUCUAAUAGGCUUAUCUCUGUGUUCAAACCUGGUGGACCGUUUCUUCCCUCCACGUCAGUAGUUCAGGGUUGUGCUGGACUUGCAAAGCAUAGACUGAAGGAAUUUCACCAAUUCUGAACAGAGACAUUUCAGAUAUGGUGAUUAAGUAGAUGAGUGGUCAAGACUCAAGAUACAAAUCCUCAUGUUAAAAGGAGUUAACAGAUUUGGUUCCUAACAUUCUGGCAAGUUCAUUCUUCUACUUUACAUUGCUUCAUGAUUCAUGAAUAAUAGUCAAGACUCAAGGGACAAGUCCUCAUGUUGAAAGCAGCUAGCAGGUUUGGCUCCUAACAUUAUGCCAAGUUCUUUCUUCUAUUUUACACUGCUUUUGAUCUCCAUUUAGUUAAGACUUGAGAACUAAAAAAAGGAAUAUUAAUGGUUAGUUUCGGCUGGGAUUUUCUUUAUGGUGUUCCAUUUUUUACCUGCUGUAAUUUCGUCUGACUGACAUAAUCCAGUAAUCCACUGAGCCCAAUUGAUUCCACUCAUGGUGCUUAUGUUUUGUAAAUGGUUAUUGGUCCUGGCUCUAUUAUUCAAUUGGUUACUCUGAUUUUCUAACCCAAUUAUUGUUGGAUCAUGGAUCAAGAUAGGAGUGAGAGAGAGAUUUGAACAAAACUCACAUAAAGAUUACAUUGCUUAAAUCACUCUACACUUUUCGUUAAUCAAAAUUAGUCUUAAAUAGGCUUUUACAUGCACUGAAACACUAACCCACAUACUAAUUGUUCCACUAACAUUUAGCUUCUAAAUUGUAGCCUUGUAACAAUUCAACAAACACUAAAACACGUUUAAGUCUCCCUAAUUAAUAGGAGAUAACAUUUACUAACUCUAAACAUAACACAUGUUUUUUUAACCGUGUUUGGAUUAUAAAUCCCAAUAAUUAUGCCUAUUUCAGUUGCCACUCCCAGUCUGUUGACACUCACUACAACUCUCUCAGAUUAACAUUUUAUCCAAGUAACAAAUUCUUAAAUUCAGGAGUAAGGGUAGAUCUAUAGGAUGUAAAUGGAAUAAAUUCUUCCUUCUCAUAAAACUCUAACAUCUCAAAAAUAUCAUUUCCAAACACAAAAAUUUUAAUUUACCGAAAAAAGAAAAUGAAAUGAAGAAAAUUGUUCAAUAAAUUAAAGAGAUUUAACCCAUUAAAGAUAUCACAUCAAUCAAAUACUAGAAAAAUGACAUUAAGAUUGGAAAGUUGGUACAAGAAAGACUGACUCAAAAUUUAAUAAAAUGAUCUUACAAUGAGUAAUUAGCUCCUACAUUUGGUAAUGGCAGAA